UUGAGCAGCAACUUAAAGUAACUGAUGCUCGGCAUUUGAAAGUUGACUGUCGCGAGGGGGAAUCGGUUUUAAGUGAUGGAUUGGCCAGGCAAAUUAGAAACUAUUUUCUGGAAGAGAAAGCAUCUGCACUUUGAUUGUUACUUUUGAAUGUAUCCGUUUUAUUAAGGGACGCUACUGUGGAGCACACUGUAAACCUAAACGCGUGAGUAAAGUGUAAAUGGCAUUUUGGGACAGUGAGACGAGACUUCUGCACUGUCAGCGGUUUAUCUCGUUUUGCAGAAGUGGAUUAUUUGGAUUAAUCCGUUCAUGAAGUUGCUGGAAUAUUUGGGAGAUUUUUGAUCUUUGUUUUGCUUGGAUUAUCACCACUGGAAGAAACUUCAGGAUUCAAGUCGACCAGAGGAUACGGGGCACAUCUGGGGGGGAAAUGGGUAAUAUAGAAAGUGUGGAUGGCCAGUCGGAGAUGAAGCAUCACAGCAUGCCUCUAAAGGUUGCCAUGCCUGACCCCACUGAGCUGGAGGAGAAAUUUGCCAUUGUUUUGAGUUCUAUGAAUCUGCCUCCAGACAAAGCGCGGCUCCUCAGGCAGUACGACAAUGAGAAGAAGUGGGACCUGAUCUGCGACCAGGAGAGGUUUCAGGUGAAGAAUCCGCCUCACACCUACAUCCAGAAGCUACGAGGAUACUUAGACCCCGGAGUCACUCGGAAGAAGUUUCGCAGACGGGUGCAGGAAUCAACCAAAGUCUUGAGGGAGCUGGAGAUCUCACUGAGGACAAACCACAUUGGGUGGGUCAGGGAGUUCCUCAAUGACGAGAACAGAGGUCUUGACAUCCUGGUGGAGUACCUCUCCUUUGCACAGUGUGCUGUCAUGUUGGAUUUAGAGGGGCUGGAAAAUGGGGAGGAUGGCUUCUUGGAUAAGGCUAAAUCUUGGAGCAGGUCCAUAGAGGAUCUGCACCAUUCCAGCGCCCAACCCUUCUGCAACACACUGGUGCGCUCUGCCCACCAGUCUGUCCUUCGCUAUGGCACGGUUUCCAGCAGCAAGACCAUCAAGAACUCCCGCCUUGUGAGCCAAAAAGAUGAUGUGCAUGUGUGCAUCAUGUGUUUGAGAGCAAUCAUGAAUUACCAGUAUGGCUUCAAUAUGGUCAUGUCUCACGCACACGCAGUCAAUGAAAUUGCUGUCAGCUUGAACAAUAAGAACUCACGGACGAAAGCCUUGGUCCUGGAGCUGCUGGCUGCUGUCUGUCUAGUCCGAGGAGGUCACGAGAUCAUCCUUUCUGCAUUCGACAACUUCAAAGAGGUGUGUAAGGAGAAGCAUCGCUUUGAGAGACUGAUGGAUUACUUCCGCAGUGAGGAGGGAAACAUCGACUACAUGGUUGCUUGCAUGCAGUUCAUCAACAUUGUGGUGCACUCGGUGGAGGACAUGAACUUCAGAGUCCAUCUGCAGUAUGAAUUCACCAAGCUUGGACUGGAUGAUUACCUGGAGAAAUGUAAACAUACAGAGAGUGACAAGCUGUCGGUGCAGAUCCAGGCCUACCUGGAUAACGUGUUUGACGUGGGAGGUCUGCUGGAAGAUGCGGAGACGAAGAAUGCUGCUCUGGAGAAGGUGGAUGAACUGGAGGAGCACCUGUCCCAUGUGACAGAGAAGCUGCUGGAGGUUGAGAAUGAAACAAUGAUGAAAGUAGCUGAUCUGGAGAAGGUGCUCCUUCAGAAAGAUAAGGACAUGCAUGUAAUACGGGAAACAUACGAGUCGAGCAACACCCAGGUCACCACACUGAGGAGGGUGAUCAAGGAGAAGGAUGCUGCCUUCCAGAAGCACUUCAACAUCGAGAGGAGGCUGCUGGAGCUCGAACAGCAAGGCACCAUCCGUUUACACAAGAAGGCUGAUGGAAAUAUUGCCAUUGAGCCGCUGGGUGUCGGGGGUGGUGUUGGGAGUAGUGGCCUUGGGAUCCCACUGGGGGACAUAAGGCAGCUCUCUUUGGGUUCAACAGCUGGAUUUACAGAACCAGGAGGACAAGACACCAGUUUACCACCAGCCAGCGAAGCCCCUCCACCUCCUCCUCCGCCACCUCCACCGCCUCCUCCUCCUCUUCCCUCAGCCCUAGGCCACUGUGCACCAGCCCCACCACCGCUACCUCCUCUCGCUCCACCUCUGCCGGAUGCGUCGCCGUCAGUUAUCCUGAGUUUGGGUCUGUCAGCUAUCAGAAUCAAGAAGCCCAUCAAGACCAAGUUCCGCCUGCCAGUGUUCAACUGGACGGCCUUGAAGCCCAAUCAGAUCAACGGCACCGUCUUCAACGAGAUUGAUGAUGAACGUGUGCUAGAGGAGCUGGAUCUAGAAAAGUUUGAGGAGCUGUUUAAGACCAGAGCCCAGGGUCCCAUUGUGGAUAUUACCUUCACAAAGAGCAAAGUGGACAAGAAGGCAGUAAACAAAGUCAACCUUCUGGACUCCAAUCGCUCCAAGAACUUAGCCAUCACACUGCGAAAGGCUAACAAGACAACAGAGGAGAUCUGCAAAGCCAUAGAGAAGUUUGACCUCAAGGCCUUACCCGUCGACUUUGUGGAGUGUCUGAUGCGUUUCCUGCCCACGGAGAACGAGGUGAAGGUGUUCCGCCAGUACGAGCGGGAGCGCCGCCCACUGGACCAGCUGGCGGAGGAAGAUCGCUUCAUGUUCUUCUUCAGCAGGAUUGAGAGGCUCACGCAGAGGAUGAACAUCAUCACCUUUGUUGGGAACUUUUCUGACAACAUCAACAUGCUCACGCCCCAGCUCAAUGCCGUCAUUGCCGCUUCCGCCUCAGUGAAAUCUGCACCAAAGUUGAAAAGAGUGCUUGAGAUCAUCUUAGCAUUGGGGAACUACAUGAACAGCAGCAAGCGAGGCUGCGUUUAUGGCUUCAAAUUACAAAGUCUUGAUCUGCUGCUGGACACUAAGUCUACAGACAGAAAGAUGACGUUGCUCCACUUCAUUGCUCUCACUUUGAAAGAGAAGUACCCUGAACUGGCCAACUUCUACAACGAACUGCACUUUGUGGAUAAAGCUGCGGCAGUAUCUCUGGAAAAUGUGCUUCUGGACGUUCGAGAGCUGGGGAAAGGCAUGGACCUGAUCCGGAGAGAGUGUACUCUCCACGACCAUUCAGUCCUGAAGGGCUUCGUUCAGGCCAGUGACACACAGCUUGACAAGCUGCAGAAGGAUGCCAAGACAGCAGAGGAAGCCUUCAACAAUGUGGUGAACUACUUUGGAGAGGGUGCCAAGACAACUCCGCCCUCGGUGUUCUUCCCCGUGUUUGUGCGCUUCAUCAGGGCCUACAAGGAUGCAGUGGAACAAAACGAACAGAGGAAAAAGCAGGAGGAAGCAAUGAGAGAAAAGUUACUGGCUCAGGAGGCUAAACAGCAUGACCCCAAGGUCCAGUCCCAAAAGAAGAAACAGCAGCAACAUGAGCUGAUCACAGAGCUGCGCAAGCGGCAAGCCAAAGACCACCGGCCUGUGUACGAGGGCAAAGAUGGCACUAUCGAAGACAUCAUCACAGUACUGAAGAGCGUGCCCUUCACAGCCCGCACUGCUAAACGCGGCUCACGGUUCUUCUGUGAAGCCAACCUCUGUGACGACGCCAACUGCUAGCCCCUCCCCCCUAAUGCCAAGGUUACCCAGAUCUCCGAAACCAGCCUUUCCUGCGAGCUGAUGCGUUGAUCCGGAGCGGUUGGAAAAGACCCUAAACCACUCAUUGGUCACUUAUACUCCCCUCCCCACUAUAACCUCCCUCCCUGUGUCCCAAUGGUCUAUCUCAACCCUGAGGCUACAGAUCACAAAGACUGAAAGGAGGGCCAGGACAGAGCCCUUGUUAUAGCUGGGUAAUUUAUUUAUUUAUGGAGGACCUUUACAGCCACUUUACGUGAGCAGGCAUCAUUACUGCAAACACAAGACUUUCCCUACCCGGUUGCCACGGAGAACCAGGAGAACAACUACAACACAGGUGAGGUGAGAACUGGCGGACCACAAAGCAGGAGGAACUUUGCUUACACGUAGAUCCCAUUCCAAAGAGCCUUAAUUUCCUCAGAUUAUGCAGUCGUAGCAGGAUUUAGACUUGACUGGGAGUCGGCCACGGGAAGACGCCAACUCUGCUGCGUGGAUGAUUGCCCUUGAAGACUCAUGCGAAACCUUCCUCCAAAUAACAGAAGCUUCCAUAUUACAAUGAGACAUUUGACUGUUUCCAAACUUUAAGCAACGUCGACACAUUCAAUCAAGACUAAAUAUUAACUAUUUUACUUUUAGUCACAUUUUUUGGGAAGAAAAAACAUCAAUUCUGCAAGUUUCUUUUGGAUGAGCUAACCAAACCAAAAUGUCUCCAAUGCCUCAUGUUUUGAUUCAGAAGUGCCUUUGUGUGUAAGCAGUGUUCUCUUGAAGCAGCCAUUAUGUUUAUUUUACAGCUAUCAUUUGUUUUUUCAAAGAUUGUAUUUUGUAUUGCCUUGUUCUCUAACAUUAGUCUUAUAAUACUGACAAUAUGCAGAAGUUUAAAUUUCCAGCUUUAAAGUUAUAAACCUACAACAAUUACUAGACAGUAACGGGAAUAAUGAUUUUACAAUUACUUUUAUUUACUUCUGGUGCAUCAGUGUCUUCAAGCUCAUAAUGAUUUAUAUUUUAUUCGUGCCUUGUCCAAGAAGUUCUUAAGAACUGAAUGUUGUAUGCCUUGACAACACUGUCACAAUUUAAGUGACAUUAGGGAAGUGACAAAUGUAUGAAGAAGAUUCCACAUGGACUGCUGAUGAAGAGCCCCGAGGACGUUAACCUGCUCUAGGUGUGGUGAAGGAUGUGUCCAUUCCUAUGAGGUCUUGUUUUAAAAUGAUAUUUAAUCUCUAUUUUAAUAGAGAUGAUGCCAUUUCUCCAAACAGCUGUUGAAACUUACAUAACAUUGGCAUAAAGGGAGGAUACAUCUCAACACUAAAUAAUGUGGCUCAACAUUGUAUGAGACGCUAUUCUUUAACUGGACAUUUAUAUUAAUGUACAUUAAAAUCAAGAAAUUUACUUUUUAGAAGAAAUGAUGAUAUUGUCUAUUGACUGAAAGAUGACACUUCCUGUUAAAUAAAUAAGAUGAAUAAUGUAA